UGACCACAACUGUAUAAUGACAUAGAUCAAGGAUCAGGUUGCUACACUCUUCUUUACAGUGACCUUACUGUCUGAAACAGAUCCUUCUCUAAAACGCUUAGUGAAUACAGCUCUAACUUCUCAUACUCUAGUGUUUCUGUUUUGGCAGCUUUUAACCUUUAUCAAAUUACAGUUUUUUUCUGAAAUAUGAUUUGUGAAGGCUUAGACUCAGCAAACCAGUAAAAUCACAUUUAUUCUAGUUCCAAAGUAAAUCAACAUGCAGUGUAGACCAAACAGAAGUAGGAUUAGCUAAAUAGUUAUUCUGGUAAACCGUGAGGAGGGGAAAAAUCACAUUCUGGUCAGUCAGCAUCUGUGUGCACACGUGUAGCUAUGUGACAAAAUCUUUGGCAAGUAACAUGGUCACUUUGACCGCUUCACUUUGGCCUUUCUGUAAAAACAUUGAUGGACUGAUCUAAGUGGGCUUUAUUAUGCUUACAUAUUUCAAUUAAUUGAAUAAGCAUUUUAUAAGUAUAUUGUCACUAUUGAACAAAACAUCUCCAAAAUCAUAUUUUUUUGAAGAAAAGAAACAUAAUAUAUUUUGUUUAUUUUUAUAUAAUAGACGUACAUUUUAAAGCUGAUUGUGUUAAAUUGGACCUGGGCUUUUGAUGUAAGAGGUAAUGUCUGUGUCUGUGUGUGAGUCUCUCAUAGGGGUAUGCUGUGCAAGUCUGGUGCAGCCCAAGUCUUUAAUGAAGGUGGGCCUGUGUCUGGUGUUUGUGGGCCAUGUGAACUUCCUGCUGGGUGCGUUGGUACAUGGAACAGUAUUGAGGCAUGUCAGCCUCGGUGCCCAGACCCUGGAGUACAGCGUCUCUAACAUCUUGGCUUUAGCAGCUGGUCUUGAGGGAGUAAUUGUUGGAAUAUUGGCUAUAGUCUUUUCUAAAAAUGAGAAGAGGAAAGCACUGACAUGGUCUCUGUGCGUGCUGAGUGCAGUAGGUGUUCUGCUGGCUGCAGCCUCAGCCAUUGGCCUGCUGUUCGCCCUGGUGUGGGCCAUCGUUCAUGGAAGCAAAGGCCUCCUCCUCCAGUGUAACCUUCCAGAUGGCAUGAGCUACUUCAGCAUCACAGACGAGUGUCCCUUUGACCCCACCCGUAUUUAUAGUACCACUCUGAUCCUGUGGGUGCCGUUGAUCUUCAUGAGUGUGGUGGAGGUGGUGUUUGCAGGCCGCUGCCUCGCUGUCUGCAUCAGCUUCAUCCGCCGCAGACCGGUACCACAGUAUGAACGCAGAUCGGUGAAGACCCUCCGAGCAGCUGAGCCCCUAGUCCUCCCCUGCCAUGCCCCCCCACCUCACCGUUACCAGGGCGACGGAGAGGCGAGGUUGCCGGAGCGACCCCCAGAACAGCAUGAGCUGCUGCGCACGUCACACGGACCGUACAGCUCCACCCGCUCUGCCCCAGCCCGGCCGUCCCCCGCCCGCUUUGACCGGGCCCAGCUCAACAGGGCCAGCUUCUGGAUCUAAUUACAGGCCUCACUGCUGCUCUGGCCAAACUCAGGCCCUGCUGGAAUGAAGGUCAAUUACGCAAGUCUGCAGUGGACGCAUUCCCCAGCAGUUUACAGACUGACGGGACACGCAACCCGUGUCCGCUGGUUUACCUUUAAUAUGAACACACUGCUAACAGCACUUUUUUGCUGUCGCAAUGCAUUCCGGAGGGUGAAAAGUGCCUGGACUCUGACUUGAUGCCUACCAACAGUAGUGCCACUGCUUGCUUUUGUAUGUGCAUGUCUUUGUUGUGUGUGUGUGUAAGUUUGUACAAGUGUGUAGCUGAAAAUAUUCUUAAUGGUUGAAUUAAAGGAAACCAAUAGGUGAUGUUUAGCCUACCUCUUCCCUGAUGCCUCUGAAAGGAAAUUGCACAAAAUUAAAAAAAAAAUCUGAAAACAAAGUGGUUUGAUAUGAAAUGCAAAAUAAAAAAAAAGGUUAAAUCUGAAAAUCGAACACAUUUAAUUUUUUUUCUUUAAAACACUGCAUGUACCUCUCCACCUCGACAUGUUUUGUUUUAAAAGCAUAAAUUUAGGACCAAAAUUUGGUUAAGUUACUUAUUAACACCUUGAAACAAUGUCUCACGCAGUGUAGACCGUAUAACUCUGUUAUACUGUCUGUGAUGAACAAUGGUAUGCCAAAAGUCAUAGCACAGAAACUGCUGUUGUAUAUGAUUAUUUUCCAUGUCCUCCUACAGAAGCCAAGAAACACUUCACUGAUUUGCUUGCCUGUUCACAAGGACAAUUCUAAGCAUGUACCAAUGGCUGUGAUCAUUACGAUCCACUGUGCUGUUCAGUGUGGAUAGUAAUGCUUGUAUUCUAAUGGUGUAUAUGUUGUGUGCCUACAUUCAUAUUUUUCAAAGAAUUUAAGUUGUUAUUUCAGCAGGAAUUUUGAAAAUCUGUGGAAUUCUUCUUUUACUGUGGUUGAAUGGUAUUUAUGGGCAUAGUAGUUCCUUGUGAACAAAACAACCUAUUUAUUUUAUCGUAACACAUUUUUUGCCUUUAGUUUUGACUGAAAGGUUCACAGCUGUAAUUUAAAACAUUAAUAAAUUAAAAUAAAUGAUAGCGCAUUUGUGAAUGUUGUUUUUUACGUCUAAUAAAGCUUUUUCCUUACCUUGUA